AUGGUGAGAAAUGCAAAGGCGCCGCCAAAUGACAUCGAAUGUUCCAAACGCGUGCACUUCAGAAGUGGCAUCUGCCAGCCCCGGGACAAUAUUGGGAUUUCCUGUAUGUUUUCCGCAGGGAAUGAACUGACAGAUGCAGAGCAAUUCACGGGACUAAGACGAAGAUAUUCAGGACCCAAAGACAACAUUGGAAUAGCCUGUCUGCCCAGCGUCGAAGGCAUGAGGCUUCGGGAUAUUCCAGAAGUAUCGGAGUACGACUCAUCGGACGAAACUUAUGUCAAAUUUAACGACGUUUCGCUUUCACCAGAGAAUCAAAAAGUACAACUCACGAGUACGAAGAUAACUGGAAGAGGCAGGUGUGAUGCUCCCGAAGACAAUUUAGAAAAUUCCUGUCGACACAUAAACAAAGACAUGGAAAUCAGACAAGUCCGAUUACGAGCUGGCGAAGAUGGCUGCCAGGUGACACGACACAAGAUUCGAAGUCGUUCGAACACGGGUGGAAGGUUAAAAAUCGAAGGAGUUAAAUCAAUGAUGACUAAAGGCAAUGUGGACUUUUUCGGGGAAUCUGAGAAACGCAUCGUGCCAAGUGGAAAAACGCGGUUCAAAUCAACGUUGCCAGACAUCGGAAUUAGCAACAUUCGAAGACCAAAACACGACCCAACACAACCACGGAGGCCAAUCGUUCCUAAGGAUAAUAUCGGCUUCUCCUGUUGCCAUUUGCCAAAAUCUCUGAGUCGAUCGAGUGGGCCAAAAACGUUGGCAUCUCAGAAUGUAAAGUCUCAAACGGUAAAGAAGAUCGACUCGUCGCCAAAAUCACCAUCGCAUUUAUCCGGAAAGCCAGCUGCAACGCUUCAAACUAAUCGACGCAAGACAAGAUAAGUCAUGCCAAACUAAAUGGGAUUAAUCAGAUAUUUCGUGAAAAUUGACGAAAUUAACAUU